UAUACUACUUCAUGAUUAUGUACAUUGAAUCUGAGAGACCAUUUGUAAAGGUUGUGCGUAGAGUAAAUGAAUAAACAACUGAAUAGUAGUAGUAGUAGUAGUAGAAGAAGAAGAAGAAGAAGAAGAAGAAGAAGAAAAAGAAGAGGAAUUAGAAGAAAAAGAAGAAGAAGAAAAAGAAGAGGAAUUAGAAGAAAAAGAAGAAGAAGAAAAAGAAGAGGAAUUAGAAGAAAAGAAGAAGAAGAAGAAGAAGAGAUAUUAGAAGAAGAAGAAGAAGAAGAAGAAGAAGAAGAAGAAAAAGAAGCGGAAGAAGAAUAAUUAGAAGAAAAGAAGAAGAACAAGAAUUAGAAGAAAAGAAGAAGAAUUAGAAGAAAAAGAAGAAGAAGAAGAAAAAGAAAAAGAAGAUGAACAACAACAACAACAAUAACAACAACAACACCAACAAAGCUGAGAACAACAACAACAACAAUCUGCUUUAGGCAUAGCAGUUUCUGGGCGUGGUCUUAUGAAUUAUUCAUUACUGCGUAAGGUGGGCGGGGUUUGUGUAUCCGGAAGUGAAAUGUUGGCGUUACGCUAUUCCCCUCCACCCGUAUUCUGACGAAUCCCGGCUACUGCGUUUAGGAUCGGUUAGGAGUAUUCCGCCUACGGUGUGAUGUUUGGGUAACAGCUGAUUGGCUGAUACAGAGCAACUGGUCAGCUGACAGGUUGCGUAAACGACCAAUCCUAGAGAAGGAGGCAGGAUUUCACGAAAUACGGGUUGACUAAAAAAAAGAACGCGUUGACGUUGAGUCACCUCUGACCAGUACACCCAGCGUAGCCGUUAGAUAGCUAACAACAAACUGAAAUGACACCGGAUAUUUCCGACUGAUUAAAUGCGUUUUCCCAGUUACCAUUUCAGCUUAAACCUCGGAUAUAUAUUGUGUCAGAAGACCGUGUUGCCAAAAUGAUGGAAGAAAUGGACAGAUUUCAGGUCCCACCAGUGAACUCGGAGAUGCAGCCGCUGGAUCCAGCAGCGACAUCCACGUUAGAGGCUGACUCUGAAACUAGAGAGGCCGAGUCCGUGCCCAUCAACUACAAGCCCUCUCCGCUACAAGUGAAGAUCGAGAAACAGAGAGAGUUGGCCAGGAAGGGCUCGGCGAAGAACGGAACGGUGGGCAGCCCGGUCAAUCAGCAGCCCAAGAAAAACAAUGUUAUGGCUAGAACACGGUUGGUCGUUCCUAAUAAAGGUUACUCGUCUUUAGACCAGAGUCCUGACGAGAAGCCCCUGGUAGCACUGGAUACAGACAGCGAUGAUGAUUUCGACAUGUCUAGAUACUCGUCGUCAGGAUACUCCUCCGCCGAGGUGAGAUCUAUGAGGGACCAGCAAAUCAACCAAGACCUGAACAUCCAGCUCCUGAAAGACGGCUACCGUCUGGAUGAAAUCCCGGAUGACGAAGAUCUCGAUCUGAUUCCUCCUAAAUCAGUCAACCCUACAUGCAUGUGCUGCCAGGCGACCUCUUCUUCAGCCUGUCAGAUCCAGUAACCCUGUCUUCAUCAUCCCCUCUUUCCCAGACUCCCUGUACUGUGAGUUUAACUCACCGCUCGACUUUAAUCCUCGAGUAAUUACUAAAAUAAUUAAAACGGUUAUCCUACAACUAAUAUAGGGGAAAAAAUAUCAGAAGGAAAUGCAGUAAUAAUGAUAAGUCAUUGGUUCCUCCUAUGGUAGGACAUAGUGUUGGUAUCAUCACCAGAGGGAGUUAGAUUUAGUUAGGUAAGUGUAUUGUAUGUACUGUAUAUGAUGCGUUGACAUGAAAAUGAAUGCAUUUAAAAGGCAGAAAGGAGUAACAUGAUUAUUUGUAAACAUUUCACACAAAGUUAUUCUGUAAAAUCUAAAAAAAGAGCCUCUGUUACAGCUUUUUGUUUCUGUUUUUGCUUGUCUUGAUGCACAGUGGUGUUCAGAUAUUGGUACAGUUGCGUGAAAAUAUAAGUACGCCCCAUGGAAAUUGUUGGCUUUUUAUUUUGACAUGUUUGGACAAGCAAACAUAUGAUCAUCUUUGAAACAGUGCCUAUUAAUAAAGUUGAACUAGGAAAAUGAGCUUUUUCCAUCAUUUAUUCAACUGAAAUAUCAAUAGAUGUGAUAUUCUUCUGUGGAUAAAGUAAGUACACCCUUGGCCUCAGAAAUUCGUACUGCCCCUGUUAGCAGAAAUAACUUCUUGUAGGCGUUUUGCAUAAUUGUCCACCAGUCUCUGACAUCGGCUUGCUGGAAUUUUUGACCACUCUUCCAUGUAAUAUUCUUUCAGUUGCAAGAUGUUUGAGGGUUUUCCUGCAUGUUCUGCCCAUUUCAAAUCCCCCUGCAACAUUUCAAUGGGAUUCAAAUCUAGGCUUUGAGUAGGCCAUUCCAUAACCCUCCAUUUCUUCUUUUUGAGCCGUUCCUUGGUGGAUUUGCUCGUGUGCUUAGGAUCAUUAUUCUUUUGAAAGGUCCACUUUUGGUUCAACUUCAACUUUCGGACUCACAUAAUCUUCAAGCACUCUUUGAUAUGAUGCAGAAUUCAUAGUUAUAAAUUAAUGCAAGCUGUCCAGUCCCUGAGGCAGCAAAGCAACCCCAAACCAUAACAUUUCCACCACCGUGCUUCACAGUUUGUAUGAGGUGCUUCUCCUGAAAAGCUGUCUUUGGUCUGCGCCAAACAUGUCUGCUGUUACUGUGGCCAAUCAACUUUACCUUUGAUUCAUCUGUCCAGAGUACAUUAUUCCAAAAGGCCUGGUCUUUACCUAUAUGCUCAUUGGCAAACUGUAGUCUUGCAAAGGCUUAUUCAUGGCAUGCCUUCCAUGCAGGUCAAAUUUGUGCAGUUUCUUUCUAAUGGUAGACGCAUGCACUUUGACACCAACAGUUGCAAGACUCAUUAGCAGAUCCUGUGAUGAAAUUUUUGGGGAUCUUGGAGACUUCUUUUUGCAUCAGAUGCUCUGCUCUUGGGCUGAAUUUGCUGAGACGGCCAGUCCUGGACAAAUUGCCAGUCGUUUGAAUUCUGAGCCAUUUGUAGAUUAUUUUCCUUACAGUAUUUCAAAUCAUUUGGAGAUCUUUUUAAAAACCCUUGCCAGACUCAGGCAUCCACAACCUUUUUUCUGAAAUCUUUAUAGAACUAUUUAGAUCUUGGCAUGAUGACACCACACACCUCAAUAGCUAAGAGAACACCAGACACUAGAUAUGAGAGGGGUUCCACCUGCACUCCUUAAGCAGGUUCUAAUCACUGGCAUCUUGAACACCUGAUUCUAAUUUUAUGGAUUUGAAGGUCUGAUAAAUGUAGGGGUGUACUUACUUUUUCCAUGUGACUGAUCUGUUUUUUUGUUCAUUUAAAUUGUGAAAAUUACUACAAAAUGUCAAUUUUAUGUCAUUUGAUAGACUGUAUGAACUUUAUUAAUAGACACCGUUUCAAAGAGGAUCAUAUGUUUGCUUGUCCAAAUAUGUAAAGUAAAAAAAAAAAAAAAAAGCCAACAAUUUUCAUGGGGUGUACUUAUUUUUCCACAUGACUGUAUGUGAGGAACAAAAUGCUGUUCUCUGUCUUAGGUAAAUUUAUUUACGAUCCGUUCAUUCGUAUCCCAAAUUGCACUAACUGGAUACUUCAAUACACGUACAGGAUUUCACAGAGUUUUUUUGUGCUUUUUUUUUUUUUUUUUCAGAAAACUACUUCAGUUGGUGAAACUGCAAUUGCACAAAAUUGUUUCGCACGGUCUUUCGCAGUGAUGUUUGUUGGUAAACGAGACCUUUUCGCUGUACUCAUGUUUGACACGUGAAUCGAAGAGGGCUUUCGCUGAAUGCGCGUUGUGAUGACGUCACAUGACACGUCUCGGCCCAAAUCUGCAGAAAGUCCGCGGUAAUUUUGAAAAAUUGCAAGCUCCUCCAAAUAUCACGGAAUUUGCUUGAUUUUGUGUUCAUUUCUGCCAUCGUGAAAUCCUGGAGGGACUGUUUAAUCGGAACACCUUUACUGCUGUUCAUUCCAGCAGUUAUUGAAUCAUAUAAUAGUGGCGCAAUGCAUAGAAUCAUGCCGGUCAAGAGUUUUAGUUAAUGUUCACAUCAAACAUCAGAAUGGAGAAAUUGUGGAAUGUGAUCUCAGAGUUUGCACAGAAUGUCUCUACAGUUUACACAGCAUGGGCUGGAAAAGCUAAAAACAUCCAGCUCUAUGGGCAGAAACGCUUUGUUGGUCAUAGAAGUCAGAGGAGAAUGGCCAGACUUAUUCGAACUGACAGGAACUCUGCGUUAACUCACCGCUCUUUACAACCGUGGUGAACAGAAAAGCAUCUCACGACGCACAAUCGAACAUCACCUGGUCUAUUUGUCCAGUUUCAUUUUCAAGAACUGCCACCUCUCUCAUCUCUACACAAAGAAAUACCACUUACUAGAUGUUUUUUUGUGUUCACACCAUUCUGUGUAUACUCUAGAGUCUGUUGUGUGUGAAAAUCCCAGACUCGGACCAGUCCAUCGGGCAGAACCCAGGCACUGAGAUCACAUUUUUUUCUGUAUGAACAUUUUUAAUGUAUGAACAUUAACCAAAGCGAUAGGUGUGGUACAUUAAAACGAUAUCAAAUGCUUUUGCAUGGUUUUCAUCUACCAGAGUAAGGACAAUAGAGUUCUGCCAGUGUUUGCAUGGUCGAGCUUGAAGAGUCAUUUCAUUGAAAUUGCAACAGCACACAAGUUAAUUAAUUAUUUAAGAUCUUCAUUCAUUCACUGUUCAGACUUGACAGAUGCUUUGGAUAGAAAUACGUGCCGUUGUUUUUUAAUGGGUUUUUUUUUUCAUCAAUUAUUGUUUUUUUAGAUGCUGUUGAUAGUUUUUUUUUUAGAUGCUUGUUACUUACAUAAUCU